AGCCGGAAGUGCCGCGGCGGGCGGCGGGGGAGGGGGGCGCCGGGAUGGCGGCGGCGGCGGCGGCGGCGCGGUGCGGGCGGGACCCGUGCGGCGCCCUCUGCCCGCUGCUCGCCUACCUCAGCGUGGGCUAUGCCGACUACGCCGUGCUCGCCCACGUCCUGCCGGGGCCCGCCCUCCGCGGCAGCCCGUGGUGCCCGUUCCACGCCGUGACGUUCAACCUCAUCGUGCUGCUGCUGCUGGCCUGCCACACGCGCGCCGUCUUCGCCGACCCCGGCACCGUUCCCCUCCCCGGCACCGCCAUCGACUUCUCGGACCUGCGCAGCGCCGCCCCGCGCAAAACCGAGCGGAGCCCUGAGGAGUGGACGGUCUGCAGCCGCUGCGAGGCGUAUCGCCCCCCCCGCGCCCACCACUGCCGCGUCUGCCACCGCUGCGUGCGCCGCAUGGACCACCACUGCCCCUGGAUCAAUAACUGCGUCGGGGAGUUAAACCAGAAAUAUUUCAUCCAGUUCCUCUUCUACGCCGGGCUGGCCAGCGCCUACGCCGCGGGGCUGGUGCUGGUCGCGUGGCUGGGGCCAGCGGGAGGAGACGGAGCCGAAAACCACGUCCAGACCGCCCACUGCAUCGUCCUGCUGCUGGAGUCCCUCCUCUUCGGUGCCUUCGUCACCGUCGUGUUCUACGACCAGGUCGUGUCCAUCAUCACGGACGAGCCGGCGCCGGAGCAGCUCCGCGGCCGGGGGCUGAAGGAGGCGAAGCGGCCGCGGGGGUGUCGCGCCAAGCUGGCGCUGCUGCAGGAGGUGUUCGGGAGGGGCUGCGUGCUCGGCUGGCUCUUCCCCUGCAGCUGCGGGACCCCGGCCGGCCCCGCGUACACCCCCCUGCCCGCCUGCGACGUCUGAGCCCCCCCCAAAACCGCCGGGGGACGGCAGCACCCCCACGCCUGGCCACCUUCCGCACCGUGGGGGGGGACUCUGCCGCCCCAAAACCUGGGCGCCCCGGGGAGGUCCCGUCCGUGCACCCGGGGGUGCCAGACGCUGCGGGGCACCAGGUGUGGAGGAUUUUCGGGGGGGGCUGGCACCCAAUAAAGUUCCUUUCUAUGGAA